AUGGAAUCAAAUAACACCCCUCGGGUGGACUCCGAGUUCCGUUACACCCUCUUCCCCAUUGUGUACAGCAUCAUCUUCGUGCUGGGUGUCGUUGCCAAUGGCUACGUCCUGUGGGUCUUUGCCCGCCUGUACCCUGCCAAGAAGUUAAACGAGAUAAAGAUCUUCAUGGUGAAUCUCACUGUGGCUGACCUGCUCUUCUUGGUCACCCUGCCCCUGUGGAUCAUCUACUACUAUAACAAGGGCAACUGGAUUCUCCCCAAAUUCCUGUGCAAUGUGACCGGCUGCUUCUUCUUUAUCAACAACUACUGCUCUGUGGCCUUCCUGGGAGUUAUCACUUACAACCGUUUCCAGGCGGUGACACGGCCCAUCAAAACUGCGCAGGCCACCACGCGCAAACGCGGUCUCCUUCUGUCCCUCAUUAUCUGGGUGGCCAUUGUGGCCGCCGCGUCCUACUUCCUUGUCAUGGACUCGACCAACAACGUGCCCAGCAAGGACGGUUCAGAGAACAUCACGCGCUGCUUCGAGCACUAUGAGCGGGGCAGCGUGCCAGUCCUCGUCAUCCACAUCUUCAUUGUGUGCAGCUUCUUCCUUGUCUUCCUCAUCAUCUUCUUUUGCAACCUGUUCAUCAUCCACACGCUGCUCAACCAGCCUGCGCCGGUCCAGAGAAAUGCUGAGGUCAAGCGCCGGGCACUGUGGAUGGUCUGUACCGUUUUGGCCGUGUUCAUUAUCUGCUUUGUGCCCCACCACAUAGUGCAACUGCCCUGGGUCCUGGCGGAGUUGGGCUUCCGGAACAGUGCUUUCCACCAGCACAUUAACGAUGCCCAUCAGAUCACCCUCUGUCUCCUGAGCACCAACUGUGUCUUAGAUCCCAUCAUCUACUGCUUCCUCACCAAGAAGUUCCGCAAGCACCUCUCCGAGAAGCUGUAUAGCAUGCGCAGCAGCCGGAAAUGCUCCCGGGCCACCACAGAUACUGGCAUUGAGGUCGUUGUGCCACUCAACCAGAAGACUGUCAAUUCCCUUAAGAAUUAG